ACCAUUUCCUUUUUAUUUUAUUUUUUUAAAUUAAAAAAAAUUUUUUUUGUCGUUUGUCUUUUUAGGGCCACACCCAUGGCAUACGGAGGUUCCCAGGCUAGGGGUCUAAUCGAUGCAGUAGCUGCUGGACUACACCACAGCCACAGCCAUGCUAGAUCUGAGCCGCAUCUGCGACCUACACCACAGCUCACGCCAAUGUCAGAUCCUUAACCCACUGAGCAAGGCCAGGCUAGGGAUUGAACCUGCAACCUCAUGGUUCCUAGUCGGAUUCGUUUCCACCGUGCCACGACAGGAACUCCCUCAUUCCCUUUUCAGAUUCUUUUCCCAUACAGUUUAUUACAGGGUUGCGUAGGAUACAAAGGAUUCUUUUCCAUUCUUCUUUCUUUCCUUCCUUCUUCCCUCUCCCUUCUUUCCUUCCUUUCUUCCUAUUUAGGUUUCAGUGAAUGAACUCCCACGACAGGACGCACGACAUGGAAUUUUUGUAUACUUUGUUCUUUGCUGUUUCGCUGAUAUCUAGCACUCAAUGGAUAUUUGUAGAAUGAAUAUGUUGAGUCAAAGGAUGCAUUAAUGAACAAACAUUAGUUUAGUUGCUACUGUCUUUCUCUUUGAUUUUGAAAAAUUUCACAAGACACACUUAAAUGCAGAGAGAUCACAUCAGUGUUGGGCUCUCUUUCUCUCUACGUGUUUCCUGACUGAUGUACACGUGCAGGAGGGAGGCCCCAGCUUGAAGAAUGCACAGCCUGACUCACAGAGGAUGGCUCUUUGGCCAGGUCGCUCAACCUGAUUAUUCCCCACUGAGGAGACACAGGGCUGAGCAAGCUUCCCAGUCUCUGAAAGGAGCCCUGCAGACUAGAGGAAAUCAGGAAGGCUUGGUGGGGGCUUCUGCAGCGUGUCAGAAGGGCUGCUAAUCAUGGUGCCACUCUCUGUACGAGGUCAGGGGAAGCCUGGAGGAGAAGUUGAUGCCCGGAAACUAUUUAAUAUGUAAAACUGUUGAAUGAAAGCUUACAUCAGUAUCAAGAGAUUGACGUUAUAAUCUUUCCAAGAGCCUCUGGCUGUGCUGUUGUUUCUCUAGUGGUUUCUCUGAGUAUCCUGACAUUAACUAACAUUCCUGACAUUAACUAACCUGGAUUCUGAUCUGGCAGCUUCUGAUUGGUGCCCUCUGCCUAUAUAAUGUCAGGGUGUGGAAUUCUGGACUCAGAGUCUGACCCUCCUCUGGGCUCUGAGGCUUUCCCAUCUGUGCUGCCUGCUCUUCAAUUUAGCAUCAUGAAGCUCGUGGUGGUCCUGGCACUGGUGGCAGCUUCCAGCUUCCUGGUCUCUGGCCAGCGUACACCAGCUGCUCCACUGGGCCCCUCCACUGCUGCUCCCACCAGGACUGCUGCCACCACAUCUAGAGCUGCUGCCACUUCAACUGCUUCCACCACAUCUAGAGCUGUUGCCGCUACAACUGCUCCCACCACCACUGCAGCUCAUCCCACCACGACCACUGCCCACAAGACCACAGCUGCCCAUACCAUUGCUCCAUUGUGUUCAUACCCAAUUCUUCACUUACUAUUUUGCUGAGAGCUGUCACUGCGAUGGAAUCAGCCAAGGCCUUCUGCAAUUAACCCUGUUGGAAUGGGCCAGAAUGUCCCUUAAUCUGCUGAUCUGCAAUUACUUUCUGGCCUUACCAUCUAAAUCUUAAUUCUGAUCACUUCAUUGGCUUUCAAAUAAAAAGUAAUUAAUGAGCAAUA